CUGUCCUUAAAUGAAGGUAGAUUUAGCAAAUAAUGUUGACGACUGUUUUACAAGCCUCCAUUCAUUAAGCGUUUACAAGGAGAAACAUGUAAAGACAAGAUUUGGGUUGCUUCGAUUAGAGCUAAGCUAAAGUUGAUGUUUGGACUUCUGUGGAUACCAUCAACUUUUUUUUAGAGGUUUAUUAUGAUGAGAACAAGUAAACUGUUCAAUAAGUUUGGCCUCAGUUUGUAAGGUAUUGUCCACUGAUCAUGCAGUAGUUUAAUUACAGCCCAAAGAAAUAUAGAAAAGGGUUAAUUCAUAUCUCUUUGACAGCUAUGGAGUUUCUCCCUGUACUUGAGCCUCUAGAUAAUCCCAAAGAAGGAAUAUGGUAUUCUUUGAUACCUAAAGGAAGUGCUCCAGGUGUCAGCGUGGGCCACACCUGCACCUUUACUCCAUGUAGAGAUGGAGGAAAAGGAUUAAUCCACAUUGUUGGAGGAGCCAAUCCCAGUGGAAGUUUCUCAGAUUCCCAUGUCAUAAAUCUGGAUAAGCAUGAGUGGGACAUUCCUGAGUGGGAAGGUUUGGAGGCGCGGUAUGAACACUGCAGUUUUGCUCCAGACAGCUGCCCACAUAGCUUGUGGGUGUUUGGGGGAGCACAGCAAACUGGCAAUCGGGAUUGUAUCCAGAAUAUACAACUAACAGACAGUGGGUCCCACUGGAAGAAAGUACUGGUGAAUGGGGAACCCCCCAGUCCCAGGACGUAUCACACCAACUCAGCUUGUAUAGGGGAUAAACUUUAUGUCUAUUCUGGAGGGGAAGCAGGAGCUGCACCUGUCUCAGACCAAAAACUCCACGUCUUUGACACAGUUUCCUCCACAUGGUUUCAACCAGAAACACAAGGCAGACACCCACCCGUCAGGCACGGCCAUAUUAUCGUAGCGGUGUGUUCAAGGAUCUACAUUCAUGGAGGCAUGACAGGAGACAAAUUCCACAAUGAUAUGUACUCUCUUGACACAAGGAGCAUGAAGUGGGAGAAAGUGCAAGCCAAAGGAGACAUCCCGCCAGGAGUUGCAGCCCACUCAGCUGUGGUGCUCGGCAAGAACAUCUACAUCUGUGGAGGGAUGACAGCAGAUGGAGCCAGCAACUUUAUGUACAGAUUCAACACUGUCAAGAGUAGAUGGAUCCUAAUGAAGUUUGAAGGAGAUAUGCCGCCCAACCGCCUAGACCACUCCAUGUGUUUAUUACCAUGGAAAGUGGGCAGUGAGGGGAAUAAAGAUGAGGAGCAAACCAACAGCCCAGCAGCCUCAGAGACAGUGAAUUUGGCUUUUGUAUUUGGAGGGAUGGACACCCAAGGGGUCAUACACAAUGACUGUAUUGUGACUGUUGUGACAUAAUGUGCCUCGAUGUAGUCAUCUUCUUAUGCUCAAGUUGUAAUAAAACAUUUGUCAAAUACCACAGUAAUUGCAUUUUGUCAACUUUCAGAGCUUUAAUUAUAGAUGCUGAGAAGUAAACUUGCUCCACCAAAUUCAGAAUUUAGUCCUGAAUGUUAAAUCAUUUCUAUGGUAACAAAAGUCUGAAAUAUUA